AUGUGGUGGUUUGUCCGUCAGCUGGCUCUGAUUGACAUGACGGCGCUGUGUGACCUGCUGGGGCUCGAGGUCAAACGACACAAAACCUGCAAACGGAAAAUCCCUGAGAGCUGUUUGUUCGGCGUUCCUCUCGCCUCAUUGGUGGAGAGCGAUCAGAAGAUCAAACCCAACACUCAGAUCCCACUCUUCCUCCAAACACUUCUGUCGUUCCUGGAGAAGAAGGGUCUCGAUUCUGAAGGGAUUCUGCGGGUUCCAGGGUCUCAGUCCAGGAUCAAAGUGCUGCAGCAGAAGCUGGAGAACUCGUUUUACAGACAUUCGUUCAGCUGGGACGAGGUCAGUCCGAAUGACGCCGCCGCUCUGCUCAAGAAGUUCAUCCGUGAACUCCCCGCGCCGCUGCUGACCGCCGAACACCUCAACAGCUUCAGCGCCGUCAGAGAUAUUGCAGACCUGAAACAGAAGCUGCACGUGUUGAAUCUUCUUGUGCUGCUGCUUCCAGAACCCAACAGAAACACACUGAAGGCGCUGCUGGAGUUCCUCAGUAAGGUGGUCCUGAGCGAGAGGCGUAACCGCAUGAACCUGUGGGCCGUCUCCACCAUCAUGGCUCCAAACCUCUUCUUGCACAAAGCCGUUCCCAGUAAACUAGCAGUGGACGGUCCAGAGAAGGGUCAGGCGGAGCGGGCGGCAGACAUCAUGAGACUCCUCAUCCGCUACCAGGACCUGCUGUGGACGGUCCCUAACUUCCUGUUGAGUCAGGUGAGGAAGCUGAACGAGAACAGCAGCCGUCGCUAUCAGUUCUACGACAAACGCAUCAAGCACCUGCUCAGGAAGAUCCACGCGGACAGCAGAGACAAACCCGACAAGAACUCCGGCGAGCAGUGUCGUACUGUAAAGAUCCAGCUGGGUGAACUGAGUUUCUCGAUGGAGUUUCGUCUCACUAUUAAUUCUCGAGCAUCAGACCUGAUGUCACAGUUUUAUAAAGAACUACACGCCUCUGACAACAGCAGGGGACUCCUGAAACGAAAUGGUUCAACAACCUACCCGGACUGUGCCAUCUAUGAAGUGGGUGGGAAUAUCGGUGAACAUUGUUUGGAUCCAGAGACUCAUUUGUUCGACCUGUACAACAACAACCCCGGCGGAGAGUGGAUCAUCAAACUGAGAUCGUCCAGCAGGGGGCAGUAGAGACACACGAGAGCGCCACUGGAGACCUUUGACCCCUGAGGAGAACCAGAGAUACAGCUCUGCUCUGAACACUGAGAUUGUUACUGAUGUCAUGAAGCUGGACUUCUGCAUUGAGUUUGGACUCUGUUGAUGUUGUGUUGUGCUGGUUUGAUGCUGAAGGGCCGCUUGAGAUUGUAGUAUUAUUUAUUAAGCGGCAGAGCACCGCUGUGUUUGUAGAUGUGAUGAAUGAAUAUCAGGUGUUGUGCUGUACACAGAUCUGGUGCCUCGCAGUAUUAAACACACGACUCAGUGUGAGUCUGGAGCUCACCGGACACUUAAGAUAAACACGCUCGCUC